AAAAAAGAUGGCCACCGGAGGUCACAUCCAAGUCCAAAAUAAAUUGCCUUCUUUCCUGAGGCUCAGCCAUUUUAAUAGUGCAGAUUUAUUGUGCUGUGCUUUUUGGAGGGUGAUCAUAUGUAUGUGGUCAGUAGCGCGUAUGCAGUCUGUGACCCAGCCUCCCUCUCACGUUACACCCUAUUUAUAACAUCCCCUCCGCCGGCUCCCCUCGUUCUGCAGUUCCUAGGAACCUCCUUCUGCUCCCAGCCUCGAGCUCCAGUCCCCUGUUCCUCCCGACAUCCGAGAGGCUCUGCUGCAGCUCUGUCCUGGUGUUUAUCCUGCACGGCCUGGCAACCGGCCGCACGCUCCGGAUUACCACAGGACACCCGUUUCAAAAUACUUUUCUACUUUGACUAUUUCGAUUUCCACGGAAAAGCUUUUCUGGGUUUGCUGAGAGGAGACUUGUGAAGCAUCUUGGAUAUGUGCUGGUGAUCUUUCUUGGCUUUUUUUUUUUUGUUGGUUGCUUUAGUAGCUUCACCCUUUUUUCCCCACUCGCCCCUCUCACCUUUCCCCGGAGGGUCGGUGUGUUUGCAUGCGAUGGAUCACACGCUGUUCGGUUGCCUGCGGAGCCCCCACGCCCCGGCACAGGCCCUUCAUCCCGCCUUCACCCAGUCGCCCCUGACUCUGCACGGACGCUCGGACCACGUCUCCUACCCCGACCUGGCCUCUUCGUCCUCCUCCUCCUCCACCUCCUCACCGGCGCCCUGCAUCAUCUCCAGCUACCCGGUGGACGACGGCCUGUUCCCCGGGCAGCACCACCACCACCACCACCCCCACCCACACUCACACCGCGGCCACCUGCCCUCCCAUCAGCAUCACCACCCGCCUCAGCACCAUGCAUCUUGGCAUAUCCCACAGAUGCCUUCACCUGGCGUUACCACGCGCCACAACCUGUGCCACCCGCACUCCCUCUCGUCCCACGACAGCGGGCCCACACCCCCGGACCUGGGCCACCCCGGUGGGCCCAGCAUGUGUGCCAGCACCCCCAGUCUGGGCAGUGGCAGCACCCCCACAGGGGCCUCCUGUGUGCCGGCAGACUUUGGCAGACAGACUCUGUCACCUGCUGAGGCCGAGAAGAGGAACAGCAAGAGGAAAAGUGACAGUUCAGAGUCCCAGGACGGGAAUUACAAGUCAGACGUGAGCAGCAAGCCCAGGAAGGAGAGGACGGCGUUCACCAAAGAGCAGAUCCGAGAGCUGGAGGCCGAGUUCGCCCACCACAACUACCUGACCCGGCUAAGGCGCUACGAGAUCGCCGUCAAUCUCGACCUCACUGAAAGACAAGUGAAGGUGUGGUUCCAGAACAGGAGGAUGAAGUGGAAAAGGGUGAAGGGCGGCCAGCAGGGGGCGGCAGCUCGAGAGAAAGAACUGGUGAACGUGAAAAAGGGAACUUUGCUGCCGUCCGAGUUCUCCGGCAUCGCCGCGCUCCACCACUCGACGGACUCCUUAGCCAACGAGGACAGUCACGACAGCGACCAGAGCUCCGAGCACGCCCACUUAUGAUGCAGCCCGCCCCCCUCUGACCCCUCCCCCUCUAACCCUCCGAGUACAGGCCCCGCCCCCCCGCCUCAGGACUGUCCUUAGCGGGACUGCUGUUUGCUGAUCGGCCAUCGUCAUACAACGAUGCUAAACAAGUGUACAGAUGUACAGACGGAUGACGUGCGUCGGAGAACACGCUCAUCAUGCAGGCAAAAUGUAUAUUUCAAGAACUGAGCACGUCAGAGCAAGAUGGUGAAAUAUAAAAAAAAAAACAUUGGUUAUAAGUUUCCUUGAUAAAAAAAUAUUAAAAAAACGUGAUUUACUAUACGGGACUUUUUGGAAAUCAUAUCUAGUCAAACUGUUGUAAACAUUCCAUGUGGCGUGCUGUGAGAGACGCAGGCUGCGGCUUCGAUUUGCACUGUUGAACGCACGGUCUGCACCUCCAUCAGUUCCUACUGUGUAAAAAUGUAAAGUACGAUGUGAUUGAUCAAAUCAAGUAGCGGGAGAUGAAAUUUGCCGAGCUAAUAUAAAUGAUCUGUAAAUACUUCUCAGUAUUGUCUUGACAGUAGUUUCGUAGCCACGCGGGAAUAAACACUGACGGUUCUUCAGUCGACACUUCUUCUGCCUGGUGAUGACAUUUUUUGUAAACAAAACCUGAAAACUGAAACACUUAUCAAAUCUUUUCAGUGACAGUUGCAAAUUGAAUAAAAUUUAACCAGUGGAAAAUGGAA